UCUCCUCUCCCUCCAGUGACCACAGACCCUCCAUCGGGUGUGACAGUCAGCCGUGUCGGGCUGCUGGAGGACCAGCUGAGUGUUCGCUGGGAGGCCCCGCCUGCUCUCAAAGAUUUCCUGUUUCAGGCCAAAUACCAGAUCCGCUACAGACUGGAGGACAGCCAAGAUUGGAAGGUGAUGGAUGACGUGGGGAAUCAAACAUCUUGUAGACUGGCUGGACUGAGACCUGGAACUGUAUAUUUCGUCCAGGUUCGCUGUAACCCUGUGGGAAUCUACGGCUCUCGUAAAGCCGGGAUCUGGAGCCAGUGGAGCCACCCUACUGCUGCUUCCACGCCACACAGCGAGCGGUUGAUGUCGGGCUCGUGUGACUCGAAGUCGAGCGGGGACUCAAACUCCACCCUGCGCAGGGAGCUGAAGCAGUUCUUCGGCUGGGUGCGGAAACACGCCUACGGCUGCAGCAGCAUGUCCAUGAAGUUGUACGACCAGUGGAGAGUGCUGAUGCAGAAGUCGCAUAAAGCUCGCAACCAGGUUCUUCCAGGGGAUAAAUCCUAGCACAGGCUGACUUAACAGAAAAGAAGACAAGAAAAGGAGUGUGUGUGUAUUUUUAUCUGUGUGUGUAUAAGAAGAGAGAUUGUUUUCUUAUCCUGGAAUUAUAAGACAUUUCGCUCUGGACAUUUUGUGCAAAUACCAGCUGUGGAGACGAGAGGACAUCCAAGGAGGAACUGUGGGAUUGUUCUUCUUCUAAUGCGUCUUUUCCUGUCGACAUGAGAACUGUGUUUGGCGUAGAAAGGUGCAGCAGAGAAUGAUGGACUCACCACAGAUAAUCCUGGUAUAAUUUUUUAGAAAAAGAAAAAGAGACAACAAAGACCACUCAGAUUUCUCAAAGGAUGCCAUUGCAUGCUUAAAGACUUUUUUUUCCUUUUUUUACACAUAUUUGCUCUAAACCUGCGCAAAAAAAGAGAUGAGAACACACUUGGACGCAUUGUCCAAGCCUCUGAGAGUAUUCAGGGAUGUUUUAUUUGAUUUCCCCCCCAUGGAUCCAAAGCACCAUCUAGUGGCUGUUUAGCAUCCGAGGACAUUCCAAACCCAAAGCUUUCACUGUUGUUCUAUGUUAAGAGAAAAAAAAGACCAACUAUCGCCCAGUAUUUUUAAUUCAUGCUUUGUAAUAAGAGUGGGAAAUGUGCCAAACUGGUUCAGCCAGUGUUCAUGUGUUUCUGAGUGAAAGUAUGUAUGUGACUGACACGUUGGAGUGUGUGUGUGUGUGUGUGUGUGUGUGUGUGUGUGUGUGUAGACGUUUCACUGUCUUUAUUUUUGUACUGAAUUGUACCAGCAUAUUUAAAACUGUAUAAAGUUAUGUUUUAUUUCCUAAGUUAUGUUUAGUUAGUAAAGACAUAUUAAUGACUGAAGUUGUUAAUGAUCUUUAACGUUGUAAAGAAAAAAAAAAGGCUGACAAACAAACAGAGUUUGGGAAUGAGUUGUGUGAAAGUCCGAUACAUGAUAAACAGACCUCUUUUUCCUCAUAUGUGGACAGUGCGUUUCUUGGCCUGCUACACCUAAAACAUCUUCCUACUUGACCUACACCUGUUGUGUUAUUGGUUACAAAAACACAAUCCAUCAACCAAUGUAAAAAAUGACAUUAAUGACACAGGCUUGGACUGCUAAGGUCAACUAGAGCAAACUUUUAAGUAAGCCAAGGGGAAUCAAAUUGGAUCUUGCACACCCCAUAUUAAUUUAGUUAAAGGGACAAUUGUGUUUAAGAAUAAAGCUACAUGUCUCAAACA